AUGCACAUCACCCAGCUCAACCGAGAGUGCCUGCUGCACCUCUUCUCCUUCCUGGACAAGGACAGCAGGAAGAACCUCGCCAGGACCUGCCCCCAGCUCCAGGAUGUGUUUGAGGACCCCGCACUCUGGCCCCUGUUGCACUUUCGCUCCCUCACAGAACUCAAGAAGGACAACUUCCUCCUGAGCCCGAUGCUCAGGAACCUCUCCAUCUGCUGGCACUCCAGCCGCGUGCAGGUGUGCAGCAUUGAGGACUGGCUCAAGAGCGCCUUCCAGAGGAGCAUCUGCAGCCGGCAUGAGAGCCUGGUCAAUGAUUUCCUCCUCCAGGUGUGCGACAGGUGCCCCAACUUGGCGUCCGUCACGUUGUCCGGCUGCGGCCACGUCACCGACGACUGCCUGGCGCGGCUGCUGCGCUGCUGCCCGCGCCUCCGCACCCUGCGCCUGGAGAACUGCGCACGCGUCACCAACCGCACGCUGGUGGCCGUGGCGGCGCACGGGCGCGCGCUGCAGACGCUGCACGUGGACUUCUGCCGCAACGUGAGCGCGGCCGGCCUGCGCCGCCUCCGUGCCGCGUGCCCGCGCCUGGCGCUGCGAGCCGAGCACAGCGCAACCAUGAUCCCCGACCAGCCGCCGCGCUGCCCGCACGCGCCCGGCCCGGCCCUCCGCACGCUGCUCCCGCGCUAGGCCACCGGGCCGCGGAAGGACACCGGCCACGGCGCUCGGCCGAAAGAGCAACCCCAGCUCCGCCACCUUCCAGACUGUCGCUGUAUCUUCUGAGCCUGUUUACCCGUUUGCAAAAUGGGCAUAGGAAUGUCUACCUCACUUUACGAUUUUAUAUGCAGGAUAAAUACGAGAUUAAAUGACCUGAUGCU